AUGGCGAUGUCUCGUGUGUUGCCUGUAACGCUCGGGGCGUUGGCCGUCUCGAGCGAACUUGCCAUGUUGACUUUCGAUGUCAUCUUCGCCGUUACUCUUUCUCGAAGUUCGUCGCCAGUCAACACAAACGUGGUGGCUAUUGUUGCUUCGGUACUAAGCUCGAUUGCUGCGCUUCUGUUAUUACUCCUGCUGGGUAGACAGAUUCGAUACCGGAACGGUGCCCACAUCCAAGACUUUGGACAUGGCAGACAACAUACUUAUCUCUUGGCUGGAUUUGGCGGAGUGUUUGGACUUCUGUCAGCGGUGGCAUCGGCGGUCCUGCUUGGGAUGAUGAGGACGAGAAUUGCAGAUCUUCCGAAGAGAACAAUCCAUUCAUCGACCGAGAGUAUGGUGACUGGCGCCUUCAUCGUCUGGGCGAUCACUCUGAUAUCCCAGGCCAUGUUCAUCAUCUGCAUGGUAAUCGUUCAGCGAAGGGAUUUCCAACAACAAAUACAACCAUAUCGUGCCGACACGGAAGAACCAGAACAGUUCCCAGACAUGGUUGAGUCCAGACCACGAGCGUCGAGUGUGCAGAGGAGUGAGCAUCGAGCCACACCCUCCGUAGAUUCAAAGUCUCCUCCUCCAUCCAGUGGUCGCUCCCGAGCAGGAUCUGACACCAUGUCUUCAUUUCGAUCCUCACUUUCUCAAGUUGUGCGACCCAUCAACUCGAAGACAAAACUUAUUCAACCUAACCACAGAUCACCGUAUAGACCACAAUCCACCAGGUCGAUUGACUCGUCACAUCGCGAUACUAGUAUUUCGAUUGAGGACGGCUUCGACUCGUGGGAUACAUCUGCGGUAGAUCCUCAAUCGCGGGAAGCUGUGGCAUCUGUCUCGCCGACUCCACAAAGAUUUCUCGAGACGAUUCCUGCGAGUCCUACUGGCAGCAGAAGUCCAAGUCCUGGAUUUCCCUUAGACCUCGAACCUCCUAAAUCUAGGAAGCGCAGUCGCAGUUAUAGCCCUGCCAACAGUUAUAGAGAUCUGCCCAGAACGGCACGGACAACAAGUCCAACAGAAAGCGUCAAUGCCGAAGCUCACAUCCAUCCUCUCUUCAGAACCGACUCACCAACACCUCCACCAGCAGCCACUCCAGGCACAAUCGUCACUGCCGCUCCUGGCGCUGGGCAAGUGAUAUCAGAUCGUCAGAGCAUUCGAUCGAUUCAUCGAAUGCGAAGUGGAAGUCUGCCUUCAAGUCCACUUGUGCAUAGUAAUAGCUUGGAUAGCAUUCGUCGCGCAAUGGAGCGAGAAGAGUUGGAGCGAUUGGAAGAAGUUGGUGGAGAGAGAAGCCUGACUCCGCCCAUACCUGACUUCAUCUUGAACGGUGGACCCAGGAAUAGCAUGCAAGGUUAUAAUUCGAGGAAGAAAACCCAAGCAGGAUUGGGAAAACUCGGAGAGGUGCGUGAUGAAUAG